AUGAAGGCUUCCUCCGUGGGCCAGCAAGUGGAUGACGAGUUCAAUAUCUAUAGACGCACAGAGCAAUCAUCAACUAUCCAUCCCGAUUGCGACUUCAUAAGAACAUUACUUGAUAUAUUUUACAUCAACGGACCUCACGACAAGCAUCGAUGCCUUGUGCAUCUCCCGUUAUGGGAGAGCGGUUUAGCCUUCUUCGGCCGCAACUCAGUAAAGAGGCUACCCUCAAGGAUUAUUGUAGUCCAUUGGAUUAUCUUCAUACAGAGUGCCAGAUCACACACACUGGAUGAUUCAUUUUUCACUGACUUUGCGGAGUUCGAGCUUCAACACCCCGUUCUGGGAAAGGCGACGGACACAGGCGGAAGAACAAUCCAUAUGUCCAGACGUCGGGGACCCAGUCCUUUGCGAUUUCGGUUCGGUCAUGUUUGGCAGUCAGUACCACACAGAAUCUGUUCUGCACAGGUUCUAUCGAGCACCGGACCUGGUUUUAGGAGUUACAUGGACAUAAAGCGCCGAUAUAUGAAAUGUGAGGUGCAUGGCAAGAUAAGCAGCCUAAUUAUGAUUUGGGAUAUAUACGAAAGCGGUUCCUUCUUUACGGGCCAAGACCCCGAAUUCAAGACAUACUGGAGUCGAGCACAUCUUGCCGAGAUGAUCAAUCUUCGUAGUCCCCCGCCUUCCAGCUUUCUGACCCAAGAGGAGCUAAGAGAGAGAAUCUUUCCAGAUGAAGGCAAGCAAAUGACUUUGGAUGGUUUCCUCACUCCAGAUUUGUUGACGGAUCGGGUUUUGCUUGAGGAAAGGAAAAUCAUUCUCGAGGGGACAAUGGAGAGAGAAUCUCCUUUACGCUUCAUGCGUAAGAUAUUGCAGUGGGAAUCCAGCAAGCGUAGCUCCGCCAAGGAGCUAUCGGAGGAUGAAUGA